UGUUUGUUGUUCACGGACUUUUUCUAAACCGGACCAGUUUCCUUUACCCACAAUCCCCUGCCUUCGGUCGAUCCUUCCGACUUCCGCCUCAGAUCAGAGCCGAAAUGGCCCCCACCAAGAAAGGAGAGAAGAAAAAGGGGCGUUCAGCCAUCAACGAGGUGGUGACCAGAGAGUACACCAUCAACGUGCACAAGCGCAUCCAUGGAGUGAGCUUCAAGAAGAGGGCGCCCCGUGCCAUCAACGAGAUCCGCAAGUUCGCUGUCAAGGAGAUGGGAACUCCCGAUGUCCGCAUUGACACUCGCCUCAACAAGGCAGUGUGGAGCAAGGGUAUCAGGAACGUGCCGUACAGGAUACGCGUGCGCCUAUCCAGGAAGCGUAAUGAGGACGAGGAUUCUCCCAACAAGCUGUACACCCUGGUCACCUACGUUCCUGUCACCACAUGCAAAGGUCUGCAGACAGUCAAUGUUGAUGAAAACUAAAUGUGUCCCCUCUGCGAGUGGAAUAAAUGAAAAUAAAAAAAGUUCUUGUCUAGUGUCUUUAUUUCUGUUUUGGCACCUAACUGAAGAUUUACAUCGGGAUAUGUCCGAGCAAGAAUUACAC